AUGACUACGAAAGCUCACCCUCAAAGCCGCAACAGGCUUCUAAACCACGUCCUCGACGACAUCGCACACUCCACCCCCUCCCAAGUCUUCGCCUCAAUCCCAAAAUCUCUAACCACAUUCGCCGACGGCUUUCACAAAGUAACAUAUCGUGAGCUCUCCAAUGCCGUCAACGCAAUCGCAGCGCAUUUAGAGACGGCCAUUGGCAAGGGGACAUCAACCGAAACCCUAGCGUAUGUAGGCCUGCAAGACCUGCGAUACGUGAUCCUGCUUCUUGGAGCCGUGAAAGCCGGGUAUAGCAUGCUCUUUUUCAGCCCGCGCUUCCCGCCCCUCGCAGCAGCAGCCCUCUUCCGCCAAACUUCCAUUAAAACCAUCCUCAUCUCAAAUCCCCGUCUUCCCUUCCUAGCUGCCAUUCUCGACCAAUUCCCACUGCGGGAAGUAGUCAUUCCCGAUCUGGAUACCCUCUUGAAAAGCGAGUACCCGCAUUACCCUUACGAUGUUUCGUUUGAGGAGGGUAGGAAACAGCCUUUCGUCACGGUGCACACUUCCGGGUCGACAGGCUUCCCUAAGCCGAUUAUUGCUACGCAUGACUGGGUCGCUAGUCUCGCGGAGGAGAUCUAUCUGGAGCCACCGGAAGGGUACAGGAGUACUAUUAAGGAUUUGUUCGGGAGUAAGGUCUACUUCCAAUUCCCUUUCUUCCAUAUGAGUUUUGCCAUCGGCAACGUCAUCCUUCCCCUCCUCACCGGCACCGUCGUCGUCUACCCGCCCGCUGGCCUGCCUCCCUCUGCCAGCACGGUCGCCGAAGCCCUCGAGCACAACUCCAUCUCGCAAGUCACGCUCAGUCCCAUCACCAUUGUGCAAAUCUACCGCGACCCCGAGCUCUUGAAGCGCAUUGCUUCCAGCGUGAAGCGCGUGAUGUACUCCGGCGGCGACAUCCCCACCGAGUGUGGCAUCUUCCACGGCAUCACACCCACCUCCGUCCCGGCAGGCCAACAUUGGCAUUCUCUAAGUUUCCACCCCAGCUCGAACGUGCAUUUCGUCCAGCGCGAAGGCGAUAUCUACGAGGCGGUAAUCCGGCGGAAGGAACAUGAGAAUACGCAGACUGUCUUCCACAUCUUCCCUGAGAAGCAGGAGUAUGCGACCGGUGAUUUGUACAAGAAGAACAGAGAAGUGGAAGGAUUGUGGGAUCAUCAGGGCCGAGCGGAUGAUAUGCUUGUGUUUGCGUCGGGUGAGAAAUCUUGGCCCGUGGAGGUGGAGAAGCGUAUAGCGCAACACUCUGAUGUCAACGAGGCAUUGAUCAUCGGCACGGGGAGGGAGAGUGCAGCGCUAUUGCUGGACGUGCAGAAUCCGCAGGGACUCACGAAGGAGGAGGUAUUGGACCGCGUGUGGCCGGAUAUUGAAGCUACGCAUAGCAUAUGCUCGCCCGCUGCGAGGAUUUUGAGGGAGCUUGUGGUGGUGGCGGAUCCAGAAAGGCCGUUUGUCAAGACGCCGAAGGGGAAUGUGCAGAGGGCGGCUACGGCGAAGCUGUAUGCUGAUGAUCUUGCGAGGACGGACAAAGAGGCGGCUGAGAGGGGCGUUGCUGCGCCGGCGACGGCGGUUGAGAUUUUGACUGACGGUGUGCAGCUGUAA